AUGGCCUGUAACAUUAGUCCUGAGAUGAGAACAGACACCAGGGAAUUGCCCAUGCUCAGGAAGGAGAAGAAAAACCACACCAGCAAACUCCGAGAGCUAGAAUUGCUGAUCCCCAUGAACACCACAAAGAAGCUGACCAAGAAGGAGAUUCUGCUGCAUGUCCUGAACUAUAUCCAGUACCUCCAGAGAAGCAUCGACGUGGUCAAGGCUUUGCUCAAGCUGCACACCAGUGAGGGCAGAGAUGGGUGUUCAGGGCUGGGUCAAGACCCAUUUACAGGCCCAGCUAGGCGGACACUGUCCACUCCCUCCAGCUCCCCAAGCUCUCAGAAGUCACACCUUCGGGGCACCUACCAGAAACCACGGAAAAAGAAGCUCACCCGCGUGCCAGAAUGCACAGCCUGGACCCCAAAGCCUCGCCGCUGUCUGACCCUGGACCUGCCUGAGAAGCUCCUGAUAUCCCCAGGCCAGGAGGAAGGAAGUGGGGUGACCUCUACCACUCCAAGAUGUCCCCAGUCCUGCGAUCAGCCCAUGGCCACAUUGUCCUUGUCUGGAGGUGAUGGAGGAGGAGUAGCUCAGCUGAUGCUCCUGGAUAUAGCCAGCGAGACCAUCGCCUGUGAUGUCACAAGUGAAUGUUACAUGGUUUGGACCCAGGAUGAUAAGCCUAAUGUUGACAUCGGGACCCAGGGAAAGACUGAAAAGUCCCAUUUUCUCAGCAAGCUACAGCCCUGUGUCAGGCAGGAGCUGGUCUUGUGCGAGUCCGGCAGGGAUGUGGACAACGAAGCCCCAGACAUUGACCCCUGUCUUCUUGCCUGGACCUCCAAGGACAGCCUCAAUGGGAACCUACUGGCCUUGGGGCCUACCCAAAUCAAUAGCUGGUAUGUGACAGGCCACUCGAGCAAGAUCUUAGACCUCAGCCCUUCCCUCUUCAACUCCCCAAGCAAAAUACUGCCAGAUCAUAUCUUGGAAGAUAAAACCUACUUCCUGACAGAAGGUCUCUUUGAAGAGGUGUUCUGUGAAUCAGAGGCUCCCCAGGAGAAGGGCAUACCCUCCGAGGCACCUUCAGGCCACCCUGACACCCACGGCCUGUGCCGGUCCUUGGUCUCCAUAGACCACUGCUACCUCCCGCUGAGUGAGGACAGCAAGGCACCACCCAGCUCGGGCUCUGAGUUCUCAGACACAGAGUCCCUGUGGAGGCAGGAGGACAAGCUGGCCAACCCCGAGUCCUCCAGUGAUGAAGAUGAAGACCACAUAUGGACCCCCAGCCAGCAGGCCUUGGCCCUUUCAAUAGCUGAGAGGAAGAGCAAGAAGGGCCACGGCCCCACAAAGCCCAGGGAGGGCAAGAAAGCCCCCUGCCUGGGCCAGGUGAAGAAGAAGUGUGUCAAUGGCUUCAUCAUGUUCUGCAGGAUGAACCGGAAGCAGUACAUCCGAGCCUGUCCUGGAACUGCAUCCACAGAGGCCACCAAGGAGUUGGCGCAGCUGUGGCGAGUGAUGACCCCUGAGGAGCGGAGACCGUACUGCACCAAGGCUCGCAAGUUCAGCCGCCAGCACAACCGCAUCGUGAAGCAGGAGAACUCCAGCAGCGACGAGGACUGGGACAUGCCCAAGCCCUUCUACCAGCUGCUGGCCGAGAAGGCCAAAGCCUCCCUGCCCGCUCCUCAGUGCCAGUGA